AAUGCAAAGUAUAAUAUUUAAUUGAUAAACAUUUCAAGUUUUCCUCAAACAGUAUUCCUAUUUUUCUUAUUUACAAUUAUUGGGUCUUAGUAAGUUAGUAUUAUCAUCGUGUGAUGUACAUUUACAUUCCUAUUCACUUCCCAUUCUUUUUUAUAUAAUAAGGACUAAACUGAGAAAAUACUCAAAUAUGAAGGACUGACUUGUAAUUUAAGACAAAAAAAGGGGCAUUAAAAAAUAAAACAAGAAAAAGUGCGCCAAAAAGAAAAUCCUAAGCCAUUCCAUUACCCACUUUCUCACCCACUCAAAUCGUCUCUCCGGUACUCAACACCCGGCCCGAUACGACAGUCGCCAUGGCAACGAUCACUCACCGGAGCUUCUUGAACCUCACUGCCUUUAAGUCCUUCACGGCUGAGACAAGAAGGCGCUAUGAGAGGAGAAAGCUUGGUGCUAAAAGCUCUGUUAAUUGCUCUCAGACAUUGGAAGGGUCCGCCCAAACUGUUGCGGUGUCAAAUGGCAAGGAUUCGUUAGAAAUUUGUCGAGUCCUUAAUGGAAUGUGGCAGACCAGUGGUGGAUGGGGGAGAAUCGACCGUGACGCCGCGGUGGAGGCAAUGCUCCGAUAUGCCGACGCCGGACUUACAACCUUUGAUAUGGCCGACCACUAUGGACCUGCUGAAGAUUUGUAUGGCAUCUUCAUCAAUCGAAUUCGUAGAGAGCGUCCUGAACUCCUAGAGAGCGUAAGAGGGCUUACAAAAUGGGUGCCACCCCCGGUGAAGAUGACAAGUAGUUAUGUCCGGGAGAGCAUUAAUAUCUCACGCAAGAGAAUGGAUGUGUCUUCUUUGGAUAUGCUUCAAUUUCACUGGUGGGAUUAUUCGAACCCUGGCUAUCUUGAUGCUCUCAAACAUCUGACCGAUUUGAAAGAGGAGGAUUACUUUAGCAAGUGGUGUGUAGGUAAAAUUAAGACGGUUGCUUUGACAAAUUUUGACACGGAAAGGUUACAAAUUAUUUUGGAAAAUGAUAUACCUGUUGUGAGUAAUCAGGUUCAGCACUCUAUUGUUGAUAUGAGGCCUCAACAGAAGAUGUCAGAGCUUUGCAAGCUCACGGGAGUCAAACUUAUAACGUAUGGAACUGUAAUGGGUGGCUUGUUAUCUGAAAAAUUCCUCGACACCAACUUGAUGAUUCCUUUUGCUGGCCCUCCAUUAAAUACUCCCUCUCUGCAAAAGUACAAAAGGAUGGUUGAUGCGUGGGGAGGAUGGAGUUUGUUUCAAGUUCUGCUACAGACUCUUAAAAGAGUUGCUUCUAAGCACGGGGUCUCAAUUCCAACCGUCGCUGUCAAAUACAUACUUGAUCAGCCAGCUGUGGCGGGAUCAAUGAUAGGUGUUCGGCUUGGAUUGUCAGAGCAUUUGCAAGAUACAAAUGCCAUCUUUUCUCUUGUUCUUGACGAGGAGGAUGUAAACAGCAUCCAGGAAGUAUCCAAAAAAGGUAAGGAUCUUCUUAGAAUUAUUGGGGACUGUGGGGAUGAAUAUAGGCGUGCAUAACUUAGCAGUUGUGUUUUUAUCUGUUCAUGAUAUGGAAUAUUUCUUAUUACUCGAUCGACUUGUAAAGUUAUAAUGUCACACAAUAAUCAAUAUAUUGAUACAAUAUCUGGAAAAUAUUAAACUUAUCCAA